AUGUCUAACGAGUAUGAGGACGAGACGUCUCCCUCGCUUUUGAAAGAAUUGUCCAGUAUAAAUGAUCAGGUUUCAUCGCUCCCCAAGUGGAGACAGCUAUUGGCAGUGUUUAAGAAUCUUAUCCUACAUCGUGUGUUCUUGUCUGAUUUUGAAAGACAAUUGGUGACAAGAAUUGCCAACGACUCAGAUUUUAUCAGCAAAUACAGCAAGCCUAUCAAAAUUAUAUACGAUGAGGGCCAUGAGUUGACUCUAAGCUAUUUCCAUUACGCUCCUUCGAAAAUCCGGAAAACCAUUCUAUUUGUGCAUGGACUGGCAGGCCAAACCACGCAAUUCGAAUACAUAUUAAAGGACUUGAUUGGUAAAGAUAUAGAGUUGAUCUCAAUCGACCUCCCAGGGUUUGGCAACUCGAAAAGAAAAUUCAAUGCUAGCUAUAAAAACUAUUUCAAAGAAUCACACUCAAAUGAAACCAUGAUCCAAGUUGAGAGCAGUGUGAGUGCUUUUCUCCAAAAGAUUCGUCCCACUCCAGACACUCUGAGUCGAAUUAUUGAGCUAGUGUUGCAAAAGCUAUCUAUCAACGAAGUAUCAAUCGUUUCGCACUCUUAUGGAACACAUAUCGCCAACAAACUCCUAAAGAAAGUUAAAAUUAAUGAAUGGAUUUUGUUAUCACCCCCCAGUUUCACAGGAAUUGAUCAUCGCAGUAGAUGGUUAACUGUGUUUAUUUGGUUUCCAAUCCUGUUCCAUUUGUUUAGAUCCAUUGAUAGACUCGAUGGAUUGAAUUCAACCUCUUUGAAUCGCUACAUCUGGACGGGGAACUCUCCUGAUUUGGGGACAUUGUUUAAACAGUUGAAGCAGUUUCGAUGGAACUUGGAUACGGAUAGCACUGCAUAUCUAAGGUAUAUCCAGAGUUUGAAAUUGAAUCAACUCAAUGACUUGGAUAACAUCGAUGUCAAAAGCAUUGACAUUUUUGUGGGAUCAAAUGAUAAAGUCACACCUCCAAGUGCAAGCCGAAGGACGGCAGAAUACUUGAGGGGAAAAAAUCAUCAAGUUGGUUUAACCGAAUUAAAAGAAUGUAGUCAUUCAAUCAUGUUGGAUCGGAAGGUGGAGCUAACCAGUUCCGUCGUACAAAAACUAGUUCAUUAG